CUGUUAUAUGUGUUUUUAUAUUGCAGAAUUCACUUUUUUAAAUUUUUCAGGUAUACUUUCUGUGGUUUUUUUGGGGCUCUUUAUGUCAGCAUAUGGGAAAACAAAAAUAUAUUCAGAAAGUGAACAUGCAGUACAUACUAUUUGGUCUUUUGCUUAAUAUAUUUGCUAAACUUUAAUUUUUAUAUUUUCCGGAAUUAUAAUUGCACUUGAAAUAAUUCAAGAAAAUUCAACAAUUUAAGUAUCGGAUUGGAUAAAACUUUUUUUAUUUUAUGUAAUAAUGAUUUUUUCUAGAUAUAUUACUAUUCUUAGUUUAUAUCCUCUACUUUAAAAAUUUGGCUUUGGAAUUUCAAAAGUUGAUAUAUAUGCACUUACUUGGACUGGUUUAAGAGGCGUUAUCGGAUUAACCCUUGCACUUAUGGUUAUGGUUGAUAGUAAUAUAUAAGAUAAUAGAUUUAAACAAAUUACUAUGCUUUAUAUGGCCGGUAUUGCUAGUCUUACUUUGAUUAUUAAUGGAAAUACUUGUGGAUUUGCUUUCAGAUAUUUGAAAUUAAUUUAAAUUCCUCAUAUUAGAAAAAGGAUUUUUUAAAAUUCUAUUAAAGAGUUAAUCAUAAGUUGCAUUGAAAAAGAAAAAGAACUGAAAGUUAAUACUUUUCUAUAUCUUGCUGAAUGGAAUAAAGUUGAAAAUAUAUCAGGAAUCACAUAAUUUAAAACUGAUAUUGAAUAAAAUAAAGAUUCUCAUAAGUCAUCAUAUACAGGUUUUAAUGAUAUUGAUAUUUUAACUGAAAUCCGAUUCAAAUUGUUAAGAAAUCUUAAAAGAUUAUCGUGGGAGCAUUAUGAUAAAUCAUAAACAAGUGAAUAAGCAGCACAUUUAUUAGAAGAUGGAAUAAACAUGUAAUUAGAAAGUACAAAAAAACCAUUAUAAAUAUGGGAUCUAAUAUAUAUUAAUUUUGUUAAUUUAAAAUUGAUUAAAUUCAUGUUUGCAAUAAAAGAUGUAAUGUUUAUAGGUAAAUUAGCUAAAAAAUACCUAACCCAUCAUUUAGCGUUUAUUUAUGAAGUAUCAACUUCAUUUAUAAUAAUAGCAAAUUAAAUAAAAGAAGUAUAAAAAGAACUUCCUUUAAGGAAAGAUUUUUUGAAUGAAGUAAGUUAAGAAUUAUAAUUAAAUAUUGAUCGUGCUGAAAAAUACAUUCUAGAAUUAUAAAACAAUUUUUCAGAAGUAAUUAAAGCAAUCCACACAAAAAGAGCUGCAUUCAAUCUUAUUUAGCAUCAAAAAAAAUUUUUGCAAAAAUAUAAAAAAAAUGGAUAUAUAGAUAAUGAAGAUUUUGAUAAUGUAUGUAAAAGAAUAGAUUAAAAAUAAAAUGUUUUGCAAAACAUGUCUUUUGAAUGGUCUAUUCCUACUUUUUAAUAGUUUAUUCUUUAAUUCCCUAUUUUUAGUUCUUUAACUUCUGAAUAAUUAAAUAAAUUAACAAGUUCUUAACAAACUCUCACUAUGUAGCAUGAAUAAGAACUUUAUAAUAAAUAUAAACCUGUUUAAAGUAUUUAUAUAAUAACAUCAGGUAGUGUAAUAGAUAAACUAACACCUGAGUUCUCAUUAAAUAUCGGAAUUGGUGGAUUUUUAAAUUUCGCAAACUGUACAAGAAAUAAUAAUGAAGAAAAUUCAUUUUCAACCGCAAUAACUUAAAUAGAUAGUAGUUUUAUUUGUUUACCUUUGGGAGUUGUUAGAAGUAUUAUGAUGUAAAAUAAAGUUUUUUAAUAGAAAAUAUUUCUUAGAUCAAUUAUUUAUUUUGUUAAAAUUUUCGAUUAAAAAGCUGGACCUCUUAAAAAUAUGGAAGAAAAUAAUCUUAAUGAAUAUUGCUAAAAAUCUUAAUUUUAUAUGCUUAUGGUUAAUUAAUUUAUUAGUUUAAAUUAUGGAGGAUACGUUAUUAAAGGAGAAAUCGAAGUUAUUAAUAAUUUAGAAAAGUCAAAAUUAAAUCGAUUUUCAGAUUUUACUUAUAUUUAGCCAGGAAUUAAAUAAUAUAAAGUUGUUAAGGAAACUCUUUUAUUAAGGUUUGAUGUUGAAUAUACAGUUAGCAAUUCAUUAUAAAUCGAGUAAACUUAUGAUAAAAAGUAUAAAGAUUCUUUUAGUGAUAAAUAUAGUGGGAAUAAAAGAAAUUAUUCAAUUGAAUUAUAAAACUAUUGA